UUUAGACAAGGCCAGCAUUAUAUAUCCGGAAAAGGGUUUGAGAAAAGGAUUUGAAGUCUAAAAAUGGCAGCAUUCAUUCCCCCAGGGUCAGAUGAUCUAAGGAUAGUCAUUCUGGGUAAUGCAAAAGUUGGAAAGAGUGCUACAGCUAAUGUUGUAUUAGGACGAGAGACAUUCAGAGAGACUGAAACUACAGAGUGUGAGCUCCAGAGAGGAAGAGUGGACGACAGGAACGUCUCCAUCAUCGACACUCCAGGAAUCAACAGCGCCACCCUCAGUUCAGAACAGCUGAAGACUGAAAUGAGGAGAUUAUUCUCUCUGUCUGAUCCUGGUCCUCAUGUGUUCCUGCUGCUGAUCAGAGUCGGGAACUUUACAGAAGAGGAGAGGAACACUGUGGAGUGGAUUCAGGAGAACUUUGGAGAAGAAGCUCUGAACUUCACCAUGCUGCUCUUCACUGGGAAAGAAGACCUGACCAGCAGCCAAUGGCUGAACUUUUCUCAGGAUGUGAAGAAGUCUGAAUUUGUGAAAAAGUUUGGGUUGGGUUAUUUUGGGAUAAACAGCAAAAGAGAGGUCAAUCCAGCUCAGAUCAGCAAGCUUCUGGAGAAGAUCGAGACCAGAAUCCAGCAGAACGUGGGUCAGUAUUACUCUAAAGAGAUGUACGAGGAAUUCCAGAAGAAGAUACUGGAAGAGAUAGAAGAGGAGACGAGAAAAAAGGACAAAGAGAGAAAAAGACAGGAAGAAGAGGAAGAUCAAAAGUUGAAAAUGAGCAUCAAAGAGAAAGAGAAGGAAAAAGAGAAGGAGAAACUUCAUCGAAAGAAUACAGAACCGAUAUUAUGGACUUCAGUAAGAGAUAAUAAAAGUCCAAUCACUUCAAACCCUCAGGAUGUCGUAAGAAGAAGAAGACACACUAUAGAAAACGAAGGCCAGCGUUACUCUAAAGAGAUGUACGAGGAACUCCAGAAGAGGUUACUAAAAGAGUUUGAAGAAGAGAAGAGAAAAAAAGACGAAGAGAGAAAAAGACAGAAAGAAGAGGAAGAUCAAAAGUUUAAAAUGAGCAUCAAAGAGAUGGAGAAAGAGAAGGAGAAACUUAAUCGAAAGAAUACAGAACCGAUAUUAUGGACUUCAGUAAGAGAUGAAAGUCCAAUCACUUCAAACCCUCAGGAUCCAAUAAGAAGAAGACACACUAUAGAUAUGAUACCAGAACAGAGCUGUCCUCAGAUGAGGACUGAAGAUCACCAGCCCAGAACCCAACUAGAGGCUGAAAUGAUCAGAAAUCCAUGGGGGGAAUCAGUUCAAAUGGAAAGAUUGUCUAUAAAUGAAGAUUUAAGGAGACAAAGCGAAAAGAAGAAGAAGGAACAAGAAAAAUGGGAAAAGAAAGGAGCAACAGGUGGAGUGAUACCUGAUCCAGAUCGUCACAUCAGGAUUGUUCUGCUGGGUACAGCUAGAUCUGGAAAAAGCGAAACAGGGAAUACCAUCCUGGGUCAAACAGCAUUUGGGAAGAACAUCAACAUCAACUCUAGAGCCAAGUGCAGAAAACAUGAUGGAUGGGUGGAGAAUAAGAGAGUAACUGUGAUUGACACUAAAGGAAUCUCCCAUGGGGCGGAUAUUUCAUCGUAUAAAACACUAUUUGAAGAGAGUCUUUCUAUGUCCAGCCCUGGUCCUCACGUCUUCCUGCUCGUCAUACAUUCUCCCACAAUGUUAAAUAACACCAUGUUCCCCUUAAUUAACAGCUUAGGUCCGGAGUUUUUGAAACGAGCUCUGGUCCUGCUCACUUAUGGGGAUAUAUGGGGAUCAGACCACAGACGAGUGCUGAAUCUUAACCUGGAACUAAAGCGACUGGUGAAUCGCUGUGGAGGAGAUUUUCAGAUCUUCAAUAAUGAGAAUAAAGAAGAUCGGACUCAAGUUUCAGAGCUGCUGGAGAAGAUACAGAUCCUGGUGCAGAAGAAUGGAGGACGGCACUACACUAAUGAGAUGUAUCUGGAGGCCCAGAGAAAGAUGUUAGAAGGACGGGUGGGAGAUUUGGAGGAGAGGGUGGAUGUGUUGGCGAGGGAGAAUGAACAGCUCUCCACGUUUAUACUGCAGUCCCAGAGGAAGAACAGCGAAAAUGGGUGUUGUUUAUUGUAAUUGAAGCCUGUUUUGAGUAAUUGCAAUGGCAACAGACUAUUAGAUUUAAGCAGGCAUUUGACAGACUUCUCAUCGACCAAUCAUGAUGAAACUAAAUGAUAUGUAAAGAAAGGGACUUUGUAAUAAUCUACCAAAUUUCAAACAAUUUGGUCCCUAGGGGACGCUGUUGAAGUAAAUCAUGUAUAUGGAUGUAUUGUCUAAGCAGAAUGAACAGCACUGCACUGUAAUACAGCAUUCCCAAAAGAAGAGUAGCAAACAAGAUGGGUGUUGUUUAUUGUAAACUGCAUUUUCUGUUCAGCUGAAAAAAGAAAAUUCUCUUAAAAUGCAGUACAGGUCAUAGUUUGGACAUGGACACUUCUUAUUCAGUGUUUUUUUUUUUUUUUUUCAGGACUCUUUUGAGUA